AACAAACGAAGUUGGGUUGCGUUUUAGGCCUGUUGUAAUCUGUCAAAUGUUAAAAAAAACUCCGAUUUCGUUAGAGGGAAACGCCACACGCAGCUUAAUAUAUGUACCGGUAGUUUGUUAAAUCUGUUAAAUGUUUUGAACAGCAGUAGUCAGGAGGAAAUGAGCAAGAAUUUGGUGCAGUAUAUAAUAAUGCGGGGGGACCUAGCAAAGUCUUCCAAAUGGAAUGCUGGAGCACUUGUUGCACAAGCGUGUCAUGGUGUCUCAGCCGUUUUGCAUUUGUAUUACAAUGAUGAGAAUGUGCAGGAGUAUCUGUGUGAUGUUGACAGAAUGCAUAAAGUUGUCUUGGAGAUUAGUGACCUCAACAGCCUUAUGGAGCUUGAGACAAAACUGAAAAACAAAGGGAUUCAUCACAAGACAUGGAUAGAACAGCCAGAAAAUGAAGCUACAUGUCUUGUUGUCAAGCCUUACCCAAAAGAGGACGUAGCAGAAUUUUUUAAGGAUUUGAAACUGUUUAAUAAAAAGGUAAAAUAAAAUAUAUGUCAUUGUUUUGCAAGUGA